CUGGCUAGUGAGUACACGGUGCGUUGGGCUACAGCGCGCGUUGUGUGUGUGCAGUGUGCGUGUACGUGUGUGCAGUAGAGAAGACCGCCCCCCCGGGGAACACGGUACCCGGUGUGUGUGUGUGUGCGCGCGUGUGUGUGAUUGCAUUUGCGUGUGUUAAAUUAUCAGAAACGACCGCAAAAGCAUAAGAAAACGAGUGCAUCAGAGACGCGCGAAAUAGUUGGAAGGAAAAAAAACAACAACAAACCUGGCGCAAAAAGUACACGAAAUCGCGGUGUGUGUUUACCUUUGCUUGAGCGGACGAAUUGAGGGGAUGCUUUGCGUGUGACCUGUAUGCGUGUGUGUAUGUGCCCCCAACUCUUAAUCGUGAAUCGUGAGACAGUGCAGAGCCUGCACGUUUUUUUUUUUUUUUUGGGGAGCAACCAAUCGCCACGGAAAUAUCAAUCGUCUUCAGUCAACACAACAACAACGGCAACAACAAUUGCUCAUCAACCCACCCCUGCGAUCAUCUGCACGGCAGCGAACGUCACAACGACCCGAAUGGGAGAAGCCACCUGGAUAAGUAGAGCAAACAAGUAGCAAACGGUACCUGAGUGUCAAUUAUCUCGGUACCUUGCAAAACAAAAUAGUGCGCGCACAACGCAACGUACGAUCUCUCUCAGGAAAGAAAUAGUGAAAGAGUACCUAUAGUAGACACUGUUAAGACAGCAAACAGAAACACUUGGUCGUAGAGCGUACAGACACCUGUAGGACCUACGGAGAGGAGUCGAGUGAACGAGCCAAAGGAUCUACCGCUCCUCGACCGAGACCGGUCGGGGACUGUCGGGGCGCAGACGGCGAAACCCUUAACUGUGCCUUAUACUACUGUGCGUGUGUGGUAUGCCCACCGGCGGCUGGCGAUCGACACCCGCACAUACACACACCUGACCCAUAUACAGUACAAAUCCACCCCAAAGGAAGAUAGCAAGGAAACUCCACUCAAGGCCACUGAAUGAAUCGAACGCACUCGGCCACUGGGAGAGCCGACGCAACUUUUCGGACUUCGCACUAAAGAAUGCCGCUACUACUACUACUACUGGCAGCAGCAUCCUAUCCGUCUAGCUAGCAAGUGUCUGUGUGUGUGGGAGAGCGGUUUUAAUUGAUUACUUUUUGGUUUGUUUGUUUGUUUGUUUGUCGAACGCAGUGGAUCCGUUGUUUUGGAGCGAGAGUGUGGAUGGACCUUAAACGUGUGGAAAAAUAAUUCCACUCCAAAGUGUUUCGUGGAUCCAGAGGGCGACAGUGGUGAAAGACCUCGUGUGCUGUGGGGGGAAAAGUGUCAACGAAAAAAAAAAAAACGGUUUACAACCCACAGAGCAAAUCUUACACAGGACGUGGAUGUAUCUGCGCGUGAAUCGAAUAGCGUUUGUAAUCGGCCGCGUGUUUUAUUGUACGAGAAGAGCCGUUCUUCGAGCCAACCUUGUUUUUAUUGGUUCGCUGUGUAUCUGUGUGUGUGUGUGUGUGUGUCGGUGUGUAUUGUAAGUGUGUUUGAAGGCGAGCAGUGCUCGCGGCGAGCAGCCUGAGCGGGAUUGCGUUUGGGGGCGCUUCUUCAAUCAAGGCUCGUAGGUCGUCAUCGUCCCACCCACCCUUGGGUACUUGUCGACGCAUCUCAUUACACACUCACACAGCACGCCACCGACCCGCCAUCAUCGGCUUCUGCGUCUCUCUGUGUGCCUGUGUGCCACGCGAAAAGGAACCGAGCUGACCUACACUGCGCGGCGACGGUGCAGCACGUCCUGUAUCAACUAUCAACGCUUGACUCUGCUAUCAAAAGAGCAACGCCCUGGACAACACGUACGAAAUCAUGGAGCCAGAGAACCAGGCCCAGCAGUACGGCGAGGUGAACCAGCUCGGCGGCGUGUUCGUGAACGGGCGGCCCCUGCCGAACAGCACGCGCAUGCGGAUCGUCGAGCUCGCCCGGCUCGGCAUCCGGCCGUGCGACAUCUCGCGCCAGCUGCGCGUCAGCCACGGCUGCGUGUCGAAGAUACUGGCCCGCUACCACGAGACCGGCUCGAUACUUCCGGGCGCGAUCGGCGGCUCGAAGCCGCGCGUCACCACGCCCAAGGUGGUGACGUACAUCCGCGAGCUGAAGCAGAAGGAUCCGGGCAUCUUCGCGUGGGAGAUCCGGGACCGGCUGCUGUCGGACGGCGUGUGCGACAAGAACAACGUGCCGAGCGUCAGCUCCAUCUCGCGCAUCCUGCGCAACAAGCUCGGCAACCUGGCCCACCACCAUCAUCACCCGCACCAUCCGCACCAUCCGCACGCGGGCACGGGCGGCGGCGGGGCCCACACGCCGCACGCGCCCGCCCACCUGUACAACUCGAUCUAUCCCUCCUACCCGUACGCGGCCAGCACGCUCAAGUCGGAGAUGUCGUGCGGGGGCAGCCCGUCCCCGCCGACCGGCGCGACCCCGAUCCGCAGCCCGCACGCCCACUGCCCCUGGCCGUCGUCCCACUCCGUCACCGACAUACUGGCGAACGUGCACCAUCAGGCGACGGUGGCCGCCCUGCGCAACGGCGGCACGCCCACCUCCCAGUGCCACACGACCCCACCGCCCACCUCGGUCGGCGGGCAGCUGAUGAGCGGGGGCGGUGGUAACGGUGGCGGUGCUAACGGUAACGGCAACGGGAACGGCACGAUGAAUGGCGCGAGCGCGUCGGCGGCGGCGGCUGCGGCGGCGGCCGCUGCGGCUGCUGCUGCCGCCGCCGCCGCCGGCAAUGCGGCGGUCGCGAUGCACCAGCACCACCAUCACCAUCACCACCACCAGAUGCAGGAGUCGGUGUCGCCCCAGUCGCCCAACUCGUACAACUACUACAUGUACCUGCAGAGUGGCGGCAUGCAUCACGGCGGGCUGGCGAGCGCGUCCGGCCUAUAGGCGCCCUCCCCGGGAGCGCCCUUCGGAGAGCACUGAGAGCGAGAGAGAGAGAGAGAAAGCCUCACCCCAUCCCCACUGGCUGCUCCGCGUCACGAGAUCCUUCCGGCGGCUGCGUUGCUCCGAGCUGCCGUCAUCAACACCACGUGGGGCCGCAGGACACAGCGAACUAGCUUGCCCAGGUUUUAAUCGAUAAGUCACACCAAACCGCUUAACCUAACACGCGCUAACCUAUCCGUAAGGUACUUUUCACUGUGUAAUUGUUUGUAAUUGUACUUGUGGGUGUGAUUGUUUGUGUGUGUGUGUGUGGAUUUUAGUUUUUACCCAUCCAGCCGGUGCAGGUUUACACGUCUGGGAUGAGUUUUGGUCCUGUCCUUAUGACGUAGUCUUGUGGGUUGGGACGGAAGUGAUUUGUUUAGUUGCGUUUUUUGUUUUGUCAAAUGUAAGCCUCAGUUGCCAUCUUACCCCCAGUUCAGAGUACAGAAUUUUUUAUUUUUUUUUUUGGCAGUUUUUAAACACUUUAAAGAGAAAUAAUUGUAAAACCAAGAUACCAAAUUUUCCGUUCUUUCAAACCCCACCUAUCCCGGAAGAAGGGGAGGAAAACGAAUCACUUUAGAUCGUUCAGUGGUCGACACAGCAGCAGAGAAGACAAAAGUCAGCCCGAUAGCAGUGGCAGAGGAAAAGAAAGUAACAAAACAAUGGAAAACUAAAGUACAAAACGCAUUGUGGAACAAUUUACCCGACGACAAUGGGGCGAGCGAGCUUGAGCGGAACAGCGGUAACAAAAGCAAACAAACUACCUAAUCGAGUCAGAUGAGCAUAUAGAGAGAUGAGAUAGUGUGAUCUAUGAUAGAUGAAACAGGGGUGAAAUGAAGAACAUUAGAUACCGCUAUAUCAAUCAUCAAACAGUAAUCUUAUGAACUUCAAACGACAAACAGUAGCGAAAACACUAAAAAAAAACGGUGCAAAUGUGCCCCUCAUCUACCCUUUGGUGUGUAUGUGUGUGUGUGUGUGUUAAUGCAUUUUUGGUGCAAAUAGUUUCUGGUGUUUCUUUUUGCCGGUGGUGCAGCACACGUGUGAAUGCACCCGGAAACUGCUGGAGCAGGUUUUGUUUGUUUGCACUCGUUUCGCGUGCGCAGUACCUUUCCUUUCUGGAAGAUGUCCGACAGAGAGUCGUAACACCAGCAACACACACACACGCACACGAUAUUUUCUGUGAAAAACCGGUGUGGAAAAACAGACUGCCAGUGUCCAAGGGAGAGAGAGGAAGGGCAAAUACAAAAACCGAACCGCGUGACCUCAAAAGAUGGCGCAAACUGGAAGGGGCGAACCUCUUAUGCAGCGAGAACAAAAGUGCAAAAACAAAGCAACAACAACAAACAAAAAAUAUACAUAUAAAACAGAUGCAACUUUUAAAAACUGCACACCAGUGUCAGGACACACUUUGUGAAACACAAGAAAGUACAACUAUAAAACACAGAGAGAGAGAGAGAGAGAGGGGGAGAGAGGGAGAAAAAGAAAACAAAUAUCAUUAUUGUAACUGGGCAACUGUGUACACUACAAACAAACAAACUAAAAAAAAAAUCCCACACAUUUUAAGCGCGCAUUUUGCGCAACAACCUAUAGAAGAAAUAUAUAAACAGAGAGACGAAAAAAGAAGGGAGAGAUAUGGAGAGUGAAGGGAUGGAGAGAAGCAGUGAGGAUGGGCCGCAGAGAGCAACAACCUAGUAGCGUAUUUUAGAGCUAGUGCGCGGAGCGCGAGGAAGAGCACGUUAGAUUGUAACGAUACGAAAUACUACUAACCCACUAACAACUACUACACACAACCGUAACGGCAGAACGCUAGCGUCCACUUGACGUGUUGCACCCCCCUGGAGCAGCUACACUCUCACUACUUUAAGUAAGAACAAACACACACACACACACACACAUACGUGUGGGUGGAUGAUAAUGUGAAGCAAUACAUACUUACUACCUUAACAAAACAACAACAAAAAGUAGCCUUUUGGGAGAACGGUAAAGAGGGAAACCGAAAGGCUCACACGGAGAGAAGUUUAAUAACAGUGAGCCAAGGGGAGGGUGAGGUGUUACAGGUGGAUAAUGUAAAUGCUAUAGAGCGAAUGGGAAGUGGGAAAAGGGGCAGCCGAAUGCCGGGUCAGCUCGAUAAGGACGAAGUGGACGCGGUGACGGGGUCAGGCAGAGGGUGUAAGGAAUUAUAUAUAAAAAAAUAAACAAACAAAAAAUGCAUACGUAUAGAAUUAUAUAUAUACAUAUAAAUGAAUAGAUUUAUAUUUAUACAUAUACAUACACAUAUAUUAUUCAACAAAACAUAUUGAUAGUGUGUGAGUGAGGGAAGGAAGAGGGGACGAAAAGGGAAGGACACGCGAAGCUGGCGGUUUUGCAAUAGGACGAUGGGUGUUAGUACACGAAGAUCAAGUAGAUCAGAUAGUAGGCAUGUAUGUGUGUGCGUGUGUCUGUGUGCAUAAUCUAGCGAGCGUCACUGAACUGCUGAAUGAAUGGAUGAGUGUGUUUGUGUGUGUGUGUGUGUGUGUGUGUGUGUGUGUGUGUGUGUGUGUGUGUGU